CGAGAACUGCAACACUGCUGGGUUGCACCCAAAAGACAUCUAGCCAACUAGAUACAACUGUGGGAAGCAUAUAGAGUUAGCAUCCUUGUUAAUUGCUUUCGAAACCUUGUAGAGUCCAUGCCCUGACAAAUUUAGGUUGUUCUGACAGGGACGGGGGGGAUAUUUCCCUUUUAAUGUAAGAGCUUUUUGAAAAGACUGCCUGAAGUUUCUGCCUGCUUUUGGUGGAAUGGAGUUUUUGCCAAUCUGGUGACGUCACCAGUCGGUAAACUACUUAAAAUACCAAUCAGAGAGUUCUAAACCUCUCUGCCAGUAACAGCUAGUUUUCCAUCUUCCACUCCCCACUCAGACCACACCUGACAGUCCUAGCAAAAUUCAUGCUUGAGAAAUUGCUCAUGCUAAGAAGCUAUUUUUGUUUAUUUCUGACCAUUUGAAUUGAAAACAAUCACAAAACCACUACGGGUGUGUGAUAGCUUCUCCUUUCCUGUGGAUGGUUUUCAUGAUUGUAAGGUGAAUGUGAAUUCUGACAUGGCAUGUAGUACUGACAACAUGUUUCUCAUUGGCCUCUUUAUGUCAGGUGUUUUGGCCUGUUUUGGCCAAAGACAUUUGAUCACCACAAUGCCAGAGAAAUUGGAUGUACUGAGUGGCUCCUGUGUUCAAAUCCCAUGUGCAUUUGAAGUUCCUCAAGAUUGCUCUACAUUUAACAGCACAUUAAUUACCUCCGGAGUGUGGAUUAAAGAAUCACCGUACUUUAGUGGCAGGCUGAACAUUGUGAUAUUUAACAGUAGUAAGACAUACAACACCUAUCAAGGGAAGAUAACUGGAAACAUGUCCUGGAAGGACUGCACCACAGUCUUCUUCAAUGUAACCUCUAGUUACACUAACAGCUACUUCUUCAGAAUUGAGAGUAGACCAUUCAGCGCAACAGACCCUGAGAAGUCUGUUCUUAUAGUUGUCAGAGAUUUGCCUCUCAGACCCAAGAUUACUGUCUCAGGUGAGAUGAAGGAAGAGAGGCCUGUCAGUUUGAACUGCUCUGCUGCAGCACCCUGUCCCAAACACUCUCCUAAACUGACAUGGACUCUCCCAACCCUGUUUACACCUGAGAACCAACUGCAAGAGAAUUCAGAUCAAACCAAAUCUGUUCUCUCCACGGUGAUAUUCACUGCUUCACACCUUCAUCAUGAGAAGAACAUCACUUGUACUGCAGUCUACCCAGUAGGAACAAGCAACAAGACAGCUGAACAUACCAUGACGCUUAACGUUUUAUUCUCUCCUAAAAACACCUCAGCCUCCCUCAGUCCAGCUGAUCCAGUAUCAGUGGGAAGUUGUGUGAAUCUGACCUGCAGCAGCACUGCCAACCCUCCUGUGACAAACUUCACCUGGUUCCAGAUUUGUGGGGGUAAACCAACACAGGUAGCAUCUGGACAGACCUACACCAUCAAUGUGACUGUUGGUGAUGGAGGGAUGUACUACUGUGAAGCAAGAAAUUAUCACGGCAUUGAGAAGUCAAUGAAAGUGCUUCUAGCUAUUGAAGGGCAAGAAGAACCUCUUAACCCAAGGGUUUUGGGAAUCGCAGGAGCAGGAGGAACCUUGGGAGUAAUUUUGCUAAUCAUCCUGAUCACUUUCUUUGGAUGGAAGAGAAAAUCUAGGCUCGCUGAUGGACUUGAAAGGACAGACAAUCCACUGGGACAGAACUCCCCAGUUGGGAUGGUGUAUACUAAUCAGGCCAUGACCAGAGAGGAACCAGAGGAACCAGCAGAAGACCAGCCUGAGGAGAUCCACUACGGUGAGAUAGACUUCUCCAAACUUCGGCCCAAAGAGACACCAGCUGUAGCCCUGGACAGGGAACAGGGGCAGGAGAGUGAAUACGCUGAAGUCAGUGUGACCGGGAGAGGGGCCCAGGAACCUCCAGUUAAAACUACUUCAGGAUCGGUGUCCGUUCCACGGGAUGGUUGAGCUAACGUAGGCUAAUGCAAUUAGCAAGAGGUUGUAAGUAACAAGAAAAUUUCCCAGGACAUAGACAUGUCUGAUAUUGGCAGAAAGCUUACAUUCUUGUUAAUCUAACUGCACUGUCCAAUUUACAGUAGCCUUUACAGUGAAAGAAUAACAUGCUAUUGUUUGAGGAGAGCGCACAAUUUUGAACAUAAAAAGUUAUUAAUAAACAAAUUAGGCACAUUUGGGCAGUAUUGAUACCAUUUUGCAAUGGUUCAUUGGCUCAGUCUAAUAUUUUGCACAUACACUGCUGCCAUCUAGUUGCCAAAAUAUAUAAUAUAUGUACCUGGGCUGGAAUAAUACAUUAGGCCUUUCUCUUGCAUUUCAAAGAUGAUGGUACAAAAAAUAAUACAAAAUAACUGUUUGUUUUUUCUUUGUAGUAUCUUUUACCAGAUCUAUUGUGUUAUAUUCUCCUACAUUCCUUUCACAUUUCCACAAAUUUCAAAGUGUUUCCUUUCAAAUGGUACCAAGAAUAUGCAUAUCCUUGCUUCAGGGCCUGAGCUACAGGCAGUUAGAUUUGGGUAUAUCAUUUUAGACUAACAUUGAAAAAAAAGGGGCAGAUCAUUUAACAACCUAGAUGGGGUCUAUGCACAAGUGAAUAAGAAAAGUGCAUUUUAAGCAUUUUGCCAAUGGAUAUUAAUUAUUUUUAUGGGCAGUAUGUAUUUUGUAAUUGUUUUCUAUUAGUAUUUAGUUGUUAUAUUCACCAUUUUGGUCUCUUUGAUUAUUUGCAUAUUUGUAGAAUUUUCAAGGAUGAAAAGUGUUUAACUGUUACUACAGUGGUGGUUGGAUGAUACUCUUUAUUUUAACCAAUUUAUUUUGAGUACUGAUUUCACAUAGCAGUUUAAGGCCAUAUAAAGUCAAUGAUGACUGAGGAAAGAAGAAACACAAUUAGUUGUAAAGACAAUGGCCUGAUGCAAGACAGGAAGUUGAUGAAGUAAGUGUACAUUUCCAGACUGAUGAUAAAAUCUACUGGUCACUAUUUUUCUUUUACUUUAAUGCAGUUGCCGGAAUAACAAAUUAUCUAUUUUUUAUGUCUAUUUCAAUGUUGUACUUAUCAGUUUUUAUGUUGAGCAAGAGAAGAAAUUGAGGCUGAAUUUGAAGUUUAUUAAUUGCAUUGUAAUAAAAACCUUUACAUUUAAUGUCCAUAAUCUCUUGCUCUUAUUUGAUCCAACAUUUUACAUACAGUAUCUCAUGCCUAAAAGUUAUAUCAUCAUUUUGUGAAGACUAUGUUAUACUGAUCGCACUAUACGCUUUUGUGCAUGUACAUAUGGUUGUCCUUGUUCGGUGGAGCCAUUGGACGUCUUUCAGCGAAGUUCCUAUCGGCGGAUUCAGGCCAACA